GCUGAUUUGUAAAUAAUUGCAAAAGCUUGUUUGUUGUUGCUUUGUGAAAACUAAUCAACAUGUCGACAGAGGAAAGUGGCGUACAUGAGGAAAUUUCCGAACGUCCGUUAGAUGACAACAACGAAACGUCAACAUCAUCUGUGAGAAGGCCCCAGAUGAGCUCGCUUCUUCAACGAUUGCACGAUGAACAUAAUACACCUGAUCCAAUUGCACAAUUUUCCUUUACUGUUGACGAGACUGAAAUAAAAGAUCAUCGACAAGUUUAUGUUGGAGUUCAUAUACCAAUAAAGCCUUCUCGGGCCCAUAGAAGUCACCAUCGUCGAAGUCAUCGUUAUCCAUCAACAAGCAAGAACAAACCGGGACGUCAAAGCAAUCCUAAGACGAAAACCCCAAAUGGAACUGCUGGUCAUCAACCGCCAGCGGAAAGGGUACGUUUCAUCCUUGGUGGAGAGGAAAAUGACGUUGAACAUGAAAUAUUCUCUGAAUUGCAUGAAUUAAAUGGUGAAGAAAGUGAAAAUGCAGAGUGGAAGCAAAUGGCAAGAUGGCUGAAAUUUGAAGAAGAUGUUGAGGAAGGUGGUGAUCGAUGGAGUAAACCGCAUGUGGCAACACUUUCAUUGUACAGUUUGUUUGAACUGCGCAGCUGUGUACUCAAUGGAACUGUUCUUCUUGAUUUGAAUGCUAGCCUUCUCACACAGAUUGCAGAUAUUAUCGUUGAUGAUAUGGUUGCCUCGAAGCAGUUAGAUUUUGGUCUUAAACUACGUGUUCGCGAUCUUUUAUUAAAGAAGCACAGACAUUUGCAUGAAAGAAGAAAAAGCACACAGAAAAAGAAAUCUUCGUUACGUGGAUCGAAGAAAGGUCAUGGCGACAAAGACGACAAGAACCAACAUGGUGGAAAGACCGAAGUGGAGACACCUGUUGAAGACCUGGAGUAUAUCAAGUUUCCCCACGUGCCAACUGCCUCUUUUUUAAUUGCGCAAGAAUUUGCUGCCGAAGAUGUUACGAACGAUCCCGAGUUGGCUAAGUACGACACUAACUUUAUGAAGAAAAUUCCAUCAGGAGCCGAGGGCUCUAUAGUGUUGGUUGGUGAAGCUGAUUUCCUUUCGAAGCCAAUCAACGCAUUUGUUCGUUUAGAAGAUGCUCAACUUCUUGGUGAUCUCUUGGAAGUGCCUUUACCUAUACGUUUCAUUUUCUUUAUGCUGGGACCUUCUGGGCAGCCUGGAAGGUAUCAUGAAGUAGGUCGAGCUAUUGCAACGCUUAUGUCUGAUGAGGUAUUUAAGGAUGUUGCUUAUAAAGCCGCUUGCCGUGAAGAUAUUGCAGCUGGUAUUGAUGAAUUUUUACAACAGGUUACAGUUCUUCCUCCUGGGGAAUGGGACCCAUCCAUUCGUAUUGAGCCACCCGCCAGCGUGCCCUCGCAAGAAAAUCGUCGAGUACAGCAGUACUUGUGUGAUAGUGAUAAGAAUGGUAAGGAAAACGGCAUUGGAUCUCAUGGGAAUAAUGGCGGAGGCGAUGACGGUGAAGGUCAUGGCGGUGAAGAGCUUUUUAAAACCGGAAGGUUUGGCGGUGGAUUAGUCGUGGACAUCAAGAGAAAGAAGAAAUGGUACAAGUCGGAUUUUCUUGACGCCUUAAAUAGUCAGUGUUUAGCGAGUAUUUUGUUCAUUUACUUUGCUUGCCUCGCUCCCAUUGUCACAUUUGGUGGUGUCAUGGAAAUCAAGACGGAGCAGUACAUGGGAGCGAUGGAACAACUGUUAGCGGCGGCCAUUGGUGGUGUUCUCUUCUCAUUAUUUUCUGGUCAACCGUUGACGAUCCUUGGUGCAACUGGUCCCAUGCUGGUCUUCGAAGAAAUUCUUUUUAAAUUCUGCGAUAAAACCCAACUUGACUAUAUGCCAUUUCGCAUGUGGAUUGGCCUUUGGACAUGCUUCUUUUGCUUGGUACUUGUCGUAACUGAUGCAAGCGCACUCGUGCGAUAUUUCACUCGUUUUACGGAGGAAUCAUUUGCCACACUCAUUGGCUUGAUUUUUAUUUAUGAGGGAGGUCGCAAGCUUUUCAUUUUGCUAAAUGAAUGGCCGAUCCCGAACGACAACGACCACGAGCAGUCUUGUGAAUGCAUGAUAAUGAAUAAUGUUAACGGUACAAAUGGUACAUUGAAAAUGACUUAUGUGUCGUCCAACAAGUCUAUUUUUGACUGUGAUCUUGAUGGUGAUGAAACACUUCAUGGCAACGGUUGUGGUGGCGCUGUGUUUCUUCUCUCGGCGAUAUUAACACUUGGAACAUUUUUCUUGGUCAUCAAAUUGAAGAGUUUUAAGACUUCAAGUUUUUUUCCGACCAAGGUGCGUAAAGUUGUUUCUGAUUUUGCCGUCAUAAUAUCUGUAAUGAUCAUGGUUGGAGUGGACGCAGCACUUCAUGUUGGUACCCCCAAACUGAACAUUCCCCACGACUUUCAGCCAACUAAUGCUGCAAAACGCGGUUGGCUUAUACAUCCACUUGGUAAGAAUCCCUGGUGGACAAUCAUCGCUGCAUCUAUCCCGGCGUUACUUACGACCAUAUUGGUAUUUAUGGAUCAACAGAUUACUGCAGUUAUUGUCAACAAGAGAGAACAUAAGCUAAAGAAAGGAGGUGGCUAUCAUUUAGAUUUUACGAUCGUCGCAAUAGGCAUUGGCAUCUGCUCCAUUCUUGGUCUGCCUUGGGUUGUCGCUGCUACUGUGUUAUCGUUGGCUCAUGUUCAAAGUUUAUUCGUAGAAUCAACCUGCACAGCGCCUGGUGAAAGACCUAAAUUUUUAGGAGUUAGGGAGCAGCGUGUUACUGGAACUGUUGUUUUUAUUUUGGUUGGUUUUACUGUCUUUUUGGGAAAAGUAUUGAAGUAUAUUCCAAUGCCUGUGUUGUAUGGAUUAUUUAUUUACAUGGGAGUGUCGGCCUUGAAAGGUGUACAGUUGUUCGAGAGAAUAAAGAUAUUUUUCAUGCCUGCAAAACAUCAACCGGACCGAGUAUAUCUAAGGAAAGUUCGUAUCCAUCGGAUUCAUAUUUUUACUGGCAUUCAAGUGUUUUGUUUGGUCGCAUUGUGGUUAAUCAAGAAAACACCUGCUGGAAUCACCUUUCCUCUCAUGGUACUUGCACUUGUAGCAGUUCGCAAGUUGAUGGAUAACAUAUUUACGAAACAUGAAUUAGAAAUUCUUGAUGACGUUAUACCAGACUCUAUCAAGAAAAAGAAGAUCGAUGAAGCUGAUGACGAGCAUGAAGAUUCUUUGGAGCCUGCGGUGAAGUUCAAUGAUAGCGGCAUCAAUAUAUCUGAAGAGCUAAAAAAUUGCACCAUUUGGAAAUCAAUGGAAGGAAAUAAGCAACAAACAUCAACUGAAAACGAUUGCGAUGGUAGUGGUGUACGCGAACGUAAACAUAAACACAAACACAAACAUAAACAUAAACAUAAACACAAGCGUUCUAGACAUCGUAGCGAGGAACGUAAAUUAUCGACUUUUGCGGAUGCACCAGAUCUGGAAACAUCGGCCAAUGUUGAUGACUCCGGUUCAGCUGUCAUUCCACUGGUUACGUUGUCUUCUGUGGAUGAGCAAAACCAAGUAUUUGAAGAGAAUUUGCAAAAGGAUAAUGUUGAUGUGCUUCACGUUAAGGAUACGAAACCACUCAGGCCAUUAAGUGUUUAAAGUAUGUACCAUAUUAAUGGAGUUAAUGUUUGGUCUAGAUGUGUGGAAGGAAAUGGAUUAUAAUGAAAUCCAUUUUGUCAGUGUAUUGACCAAAAUGAAUGUAAAACUAAAACUAUUUUUACAGUUUUAAAACCGCAACCUUUAAACUGUGCUUUGUAAUUAAAAAUUAUAAAAUGAUUUCUAUAAUUAUUUACAUUGCUCCAUCUAGUGGCGGCGCCAACUUGAUAAAUGAAGAGGCUCGUAUUCUCAAAUGUAUUGUUAAUGUGAUUACAAGUUGCAACAUGUAUGUAUGAAUAUGGUAUCCCAAUUAUAUAAACACUGGCGCUGCCAAUGGUCUAUUUUUCAUUAAUUUUUAAACACGGAACGUUUGAGGAGUCAAGACUUUAUUACAAUUUUAAUACAACGUGAAUUUCUCUGUGAUACUAAUUAAAAGCGAUUAAAAUAAAUAUAUGGAUGGAUUUAUGAAAAA